AUGACUGCGACAGGAACGAGCGUUUCGCUCCUCAAGUUUGUCGGCACUGUCUCACUCGGCUUGCUGACGGGUGUCUCAUACUCCAUCUCUUCUCUCGCUCUUCCUGUCCUUCUCCGACUUCCUUCUUCAGCUUCCGCCUCUCACGGCCUCUCAACCCUCAGUGCAGCUCUCAAGACUCCCAUUCUCGCCCUCACAUCUCUCGCCUCUGCGCCCUUCCUCAUCAGCUUCUUUAUCGCUCCUCGCUCAUCUCGCCAUCCCUAUCUGCUUUACACAGCUCUCCUUGCAACUCUAUCCUCCGUCACCCCUAUGCUGAUUCCUGCUCCUGCUCCCCGACGUGCUGCCUCAUCCGCGCCCCGAAAGUCUUCUCGUGCCAAGAUGGAGGCCAGCUACGAAGUCCUAGGUGAUGCCCAGAGCGAGCCCGCUAGCGAUGAGGAUACUGACGACGUCAAUGGCGAGGAGGUACGAACGGAGGUCGAGGGCCUUGCACGAAGCUACAUUGCUCGAACAGCCAUCUCUGCUCUGGGUUUUGCUAUGGCAGUCGUUGGAAUCUGGGGUGAUGGUGCACCUCAAUCUGUUGUCUACGUCUCAUAA